AUGGUCCAGGUGCAGGAUCAACCUGUUACAGCCCUCGUCAUCACGUUCAUCGUCAUCUGCAUCACGACUCGCCUCGUCACCAGUCGGAGCGACAACUCACAGGCCAAAUCUUAUAUCCACGACGCCCAGAUACCUCCUGCGGUACCCUACUGGAUCCCUUAUCUAGGCCAUAUUCCACAAAUGGCCUUUGGCUUCAACAGCUUCCUCGCAGGUCUCAGAAAACUCUACCCAGGCGGUGCCUUUGCCCUGAACUUUUUUGGAGGAACCCACAACGUCCCCUACAAGCCGAGCUUAUAUAAAAAGCUUUUCAGCCGGCCAGAACACGUCGUCGAUGGAGGGAGAGCGUCUAAGCAUCUCAUGCAGAGCGUCUUUGGAUAUCCGCGUUCCAAAGCCGACCUGGCACUCUACGAUAAAAUCCUCAAGGACCUCGAACAACAAUACACCCAUCUCUUAUCGGGCCAGUCGCUGAAACAGAUGGUGAAGACGAUGACCGACAGGCUGCGACACAAUGUGGCUGAGUUCGUCACCUUCAACAUGAGCGAGAUAGACCAAGUCCACUGGGAGCGUGUCGCAGACGCCGGCCUCGUUGAAGAUGCCACCGGCAAAGAAGUCGUCGAGGCUGACCUUUUUGAACUCGUACGAAACUUCGUCGCCUUCACGGCCAACCCGUGUCUGGUCGGCACAGAUUUCGUCGAGAACUUCCCAGAGUUCUGGCUGGCCCUGUGGCGCCUGGACAAGGGCUUCCUGUCCCUUGCCUUGGAUUUCCCGGCCGUCCUGCCCCUCAACAAGGCUAUUGGCGCACGCAGAGCGAGAGGGUUCCUUCUGCGGUCACUGGACGAGUUCCAGGCCUCCAUGGACACUGUCCGCAACGGUGAGAUCCCGGCACCGCAGUGGGCAGACCUCGGAAACGUCAGCCCCUUGAUGCAGCAUCGUGUGGAUGACGUCUUCCGCAAGUACAACCUGAGCACGAAGCAGCGGUCCGCGCUUGACCUGGCCCUAAUCUGGGCGAUAAACGCCAACGCCAACCCUGUCGUCUUCUGGGUCCUAUGGAGAGUCUACUCCCAGCCUGAUGGUCUCCUGGCUCGUAUCCGCAAGGAGAUCGCGCCGUUUGUGGUUCUUGAGAAACCGGCUAUCGGGUUUGGGGCGGCUUUCGAGUCGGCCACGCGCAUAGAGAGUAUCGAUAUCGAGGGAAUCCUGAACAAGUGCCCCUUGCUCAAGGCCUCAUACAUCGAGACGCUGCGCCUCGAUUUUGAUGGGUGGAAUUUCAAAUAUAUCCGUGAGGAUACUGUCGUGGGCGACAAGGAAGGCGAGAAGUUCUUCCUCCGUGCGGGAACGUAUGCCCAUUUGGCUACUCAGCUGUGGAAUACGGACCCCUCGGUUUAUGAUGAUCCAGAAGUCUGGCGAGCGGAGAGACAUAUUAGACCAAACGCAACAGGCGGCACUGCAGGGCAGGAAUCAGUCAUUGACAUAGGUGAUCUGAGGCCAUAUGGUGGAGGAGAAGCUAUUUGCAACGGACAAGAUUUCGCUGUCCAAGAGGUCCUGCUCUUCUCUGCAGCUCUCAUUGCCAUGUAUGAUAUCGAACCAGUCGGCGGUGGGCCGUGGAAGCUGCCCAGGCGGGAGAAGUCUGCAGGGGCACUAUAUCCCACGUCCCCAGCCAGAGUCUGGAUUAGAUCUCGUCCCAUCUGA